GUUCCCAUUCCAGCCAUGCAGGUGACAUACUCCAACUCAAGUACAGGACUUUGUAACAUCACAGUGAAUUGUUCAGGCUGGAUGUUUUCUGUCUGUAAUGGAGGUCAGUGCACACUGUACCAGGAUUCUCUGUCAUUCUCUGAGGUCAACAUCACCGUCUCCAGUGGUAAUGGAUUCAUCCAGUGUAUCGUCAACAAUCACGUCAGUGCAGAGACCAAAUCACAACGCAUGGAGGACAUAUGUAUUGGUGAGAAGAAGGGGAUCGCUGCAGCAUCACCAGUUGGCACCAUUGUGGGCAUUGUUACUGGUGGAUUAUUCUUAGUUGGUGUGUUAGUUGGUGUAGGAUGCAUCACGUCAACCAGAAGACGGCGAUCCCCUAAAGAAAAACAGCUACUGAAGGCUGUUGUUCCAGAAGUUGACAUCCCAGUGAGUGCUUUACCAGGAAGACCAGAACCACAGAACACCCCUGGAUCUGAGGUGACAUCAAUCCACGACACUGCAGGGAGACCAGGAGCAGCAGUACCAGCAGUAGCAGGAGGAGAAGAAGUCCAUCCAGGAGACAAAGAGUACACUUCACCAGAAGAGAGGACGGAACCACAGAGCCCUUCUGAGGUAGAGACUACAUCAGUCUUCUAUAGCACCUUACAGAAACCAGCUGCAGCACAGCGCCACCCAGCGGGUAAAGGAAAUAAUCAAAAUAAAUCAGACACUGUGUAUUGCACAAUAGGAGAUUACCCCUCCAUCCUUCUCAGAGAUCCCCUGAUGUUACCUUGAUUAAGACUUAACCCAUAGACUCAGGUAACGAACCGCAAACACAGGGGAAAUUAUUACAAUUGAUUGUUUAUUUAGUUUAUGUCUAAUUUCAUCCAUAUUUAAAGUGGCAAUCUGCGAUUUCUACAUACUUUUCAAUGAAUGGUAUAUAACUAUUGAUUCAUGCAGAAAACAACAUAUGCUUGUUUAACUCCAUUGUUUGUAAACAUUAUAAAUUGUAAAGAAAAUUGGUGGCAGGGUGCCCGCGUUGUUAUUGUUUGAACUGCAGAUUUCCUCUUCAACGAUAGAUUGUUGUGCAUGCUGUCUUAUUUUCUGUUAAUGAAAAUGAAAACAUGCAGAUGAAUAUUUUUACUGUACAUGCUUUAAAAUAAAUGUUAUAUACAAAACAGCUGAAUUGAAAAUGGGAAGCCCAUCUAAUCAAUCAAUCAAAUCGACCAAUCAAUUAGUAAAUACAUAAACCAAUCAUUCAAUCAA